AUGCACUUCUCCGUUCUCAGCCUCGCUGCCCUUCUAGCGGCCACCUCUGUCAACGCCACCGUGUACCUGGGAUCGCGCACCAACUAUGAUGGACACAAAUCCCAGGUGGCCUGGACCAACGGCACUCCAGAACCCUGCAGCGGUUUCACCACCGUUGUCGACAGUGACAGCAACCCCUGUGGAAGAGACUUCUAUGUUGACGGCAACAACGGGCCUUUCCGCUUUGAAGGCUGCGGUGGAAAUGGGCUGACCCUCUUCCGCAACGGACAGUUCAACAGCAACUGCAAGUUCGAAUCUCGUACCAUCAAUUGCAACGGAGGAGCGAAGAUUGCUCAAGCCUGGGCUUGCUAUUAG